UAUUAAAACACCAGAAUGCCACCCAGUUCAGGAGAACUAUGGGAGCAUCACUUGAUGCCCCAGCAAGUGAAUGUGGAUUGUCUUCUGCCCACUGGUGUUAUCGUUCCAUUACUGUGUGCCAGAGACUCUACACUCGAGUUAAUUAAAAAGGAUUUAUGGCUGGAGGCAAAGAAAUACCCUCUCUUUCACAAGCUCAUGGAGCCAGAGUCCUACAUUUUUUUGGCUAUAACUCAAGAUGCAAUGAAAGAAGAGUUUUAUGAUGAAACAAGGCGCCUCUGUGACCUUCGCCUUUUCCAACCUAUUCUGAAGAUUAUGGAACCUAAAGGAAACAGACAAGAAAAGAUGUUGAACUACGAGAUAGGUAUGCUAAUUGGAGUACCAGUGAAUGAAUUCAAUGAGAACAAAGACCUUGAAAUCAUCACUUUUCGUAGAAACAUUUUAAAGGCUUGUAAAGAUGUGGUUGAUGAAAGAGAUGGCACAGGUGAUCACACCAGAGCGCUGUAUGCCUACCCACCAGACAUUGAUUCCUAUCCAGAUUUGCCACUUCAUUUAAAGGACCAACUUAUAAAGACAGAUAACUCUGUCAUCAUUUGUGUGUGGGUGGUCUCCGAUGACAACAACAGAACCAAAUACACAGUCAAGGUGCUACACAAUGCCUUCCCUAGCGAUGUCAUUGCUGAAACCAUCAGAAGGCGCAGUCGCUUUAUGAACAUGUCCAAGGAGCAUGCUGAGAGGUGUAUUGAGGAGUACAGGCACUUGUAUGUCCUCAAAGUUUGUGGUUGUGAUCAGUUUUUGCUGGCUGAAUGUCCUAUAAGCCAAUACAAGUAUAUCAGAGAAUGCCUGAGCAGGGAGAGUAUACCACAGCUUAUGCUCCACACUAAAGAAAGUGUCUAUGCCACAUUACCUGACACCAACUUCUUCUGGCCAUCAUACAUGCAACGAGGGAUUCAAGCACUGGUAGAAAUCAACACCACACCCAGUCUUUGUAUAUGGGAUGUUCAGGCUAAAUUAAGAAUUAAAAUUAAUUGUGCAGCCUAUGUAAAUAUCAAAGAAGUAGGCAAGAUUUAUGUUCGUGCCUGCAUUUGCUAUGGAACUGAAGCACUGGGUGAAGCCAUAAGCACCCACCAGGUGGAUUCCAACAGCCCCCGCUGGGAUGAGUGGCUGGAGUUCCUGAUGGUCCCAGACCUCCCACGCUCUGCUAAACUCUGCCUCUCUAUAUGCUCAGAGUCAAAACGUAGAAACAGAAAGGUCCAAUAUGCACUAGCCUGGGGAAAUCUUCAACUGUUUGACUUCAAUGAGAGGCACCUGAAUGGAAAGUUUAGCUUACACAUGUGGUCAAUGCCUCAGGGAAUGGAUGAUCUGUUAAAUCCAAUUGGCAUCACGGGCUCAAAUCCCAACAAAGAUUGUCCUUGUUUGGAAAUUGAGUUUGACCGCUUCAUGCAUCCCCUGUCUUAUCCACCUGAUGGUCACUUUGUUAAGUUGGCAGAGAUUGCUCUUCUCAAUGAAUCACAAAUGGGCCAUCCAGAUCCAGUGACAAAGAAAGAUAUAGAACUGUUGCAUGAGAUUAUUGAGAAAGAUCCGUUGUCUGAUAUAUCUGAACAGGAUAAAAAUCUCUUAUGGAAACUCAGGGAACAAUGUUUAACACGUCCAAAGGCUUUACCCAAACUUUUAUCAGCGGUCAAGUGGUCAGACAGAGAGAGUGUUGCUCAGUUGUAUGCACUGCUACAACAUUGGCCCUUGAUCCCUGCUGAAGUAGCUCUAGAGCUGCUAGACUGUUCUUUCACUGAUCUCAAAGUUAGAGAGUUUGCUGUCAGGUGUCUAGAUGAGGGGCUCAAGGAUGAUAAACUGGAGCAGUACCUAUUGCAACUGGUCCAGGCAAUAAAAUAUGAACCUUACUAUGAUAAUCCUUUAACACGCUUCCUUCUGAAGAGAAGUCUACUCAGUCAGAGGAUUGGUAAUGCAUUCUUUUGGCACUUAAAAUCUGAGAUGCAUCAGACUUCAGUGCGGCUUCGGUUUGGAUUAAUAUUAGAAGCAUACUGUAGGGCUUGUGGUCCUUACCUGAAACAUCUGACUCAACAGGUGGAGGCCUUGGACAAACUAACAAAGUUGUCGGAUAUGUUAAAACAUGAGGUCAAUGCUGAUGAACACAUGAAAUAUCUUCAUGUCCAGCUCCAACAAGCUGAUUACAAAGAAGCUUUACAGAAUCUGCACAGUCCACUUAAUAUAGCCCAUAUUCUGGGAGAAAUUCAACUUGAAGAGUGCUGUGUUAAAACAAGCAAGAAACUUCCCCUAUGGCUUGUCUGGUCCAACCCUGAUGCUAUGGCUGAUCAAGCUGACAUGUUCUACCGCUUAAUGUUCAAAAAUGGAGAUGAUUUGAGACAAGACAUGCUGACUCUACAGGUGAUAAGGAUCAUGGAUACUGUCUGGAAAAAUGAGGGUCUGGAUUUAAGGAUGAUUCCUUAUGGCUGCCUGUCCACUGGCAAAGACGUGGGUGUUAUAGAGAUUGUGAAAAAUGCCAAGACCAUCACAGCCAUUCAGUCCAAAGGAGGGGCUCUAUCUUCUAUACAAAUUGACUCAUCUCAGCUUCACAAGUGGAUCAAGGAACAAAACCCUGAAAGAUAUAAACAUGCAAUAGAAAUGUUUAAAAGCUCCUGUGCUGGCUACUGUGUUGCCACAUUUGUUUUGGGAAUAGGAGACAGACAUCCAGAGAAUAUAAUGGUCACAUCGGAAGGGCAGGUAUUUCACAUUGACUUUGGUCACUUUUUGGACCAUAAGAAGAAGAAAUUUGGGAUCAACAGAGAGCGUGUUCCUUUUGUCUUGACUGAAGAUUUCAGGAGAGUUAUAGCCAUGGGUGCCAGCAAACCGGAUAAAUCAGAUGGAUUUAAAGAUUUCCAAGAGCUGUGCUGCAAGGCCUAUGUUAUUCUAAGGAAACAUGCCAACCUGCUGAUCACCUUAUUCACCAUGAUGCUGCAGUGUGGGAUCCCAGAGCUGCAAUCCCUUGAUGACAUAGGCUACAUCAGAAAAACUUUGGCUGUUGAGAAGGAGGAGCAGAAGGCUGUGGAGUAUUUCCUCGAGCAGUUCAAGUGUGCCUAUGGUGAUUCAUGGACCACAAAAAUUGACUGGUUUUUCCAUAAUAUUAAAAGGAAAUAAUAAUUUUUUUUAUGUUCAUCAUGUAUUGUUAUUUUUUUAAAAUAUAUUUUUUGUUCUAUGUUACCACAAGCAGUCAAAGAAUUUUAAAAAUUGGGUUAAUAUCUGCAAAUGCUGGUGGGAUCCUCUUUUUUUUAAAACUAACUUUAUACCUCUUCGUGUUUGGUUCAUAAUAUUCAUUUCAUAUAUGUAAAUUAUUUGUUAUAUAAAUAUGCUCCAAAGUUUAAAAAGGUUAUUAGUUAUAUUGAUUAAGAUUCACAUUGUGUGUGGAAUUUUUUCAUUGGUUCAGUCUGCUUGAAGAAAGAAUGUGCAGCUCUUUUGCCGCAUUGGAUGCAGCAGAAUUGUGAUUGUAAUUAUUAAUUAGAUAUUUAUUUGUUUAAAAGUUAAUUGGAAACAAUCUUUUAGCAAACUUUUCUCAUCAUUGUCCCUUUAUCUGUAUCAUUGCUGUUUCUGUAAGGUAAUUGAUAUUGAUCAAUGAUGAAAUAAAUAUUUUUC